AUGUUGUCUGAACUGCUUCUAGUACUGGCCUCUGCGCUUUCAGCCGCCGCCCAUGAUCAUCACGAUGAGCUCACGGAAGAGGAAAUGAAUGCAUCCGUCGAUGCCAUCCUUUGGAUUCAUAUGUUCCUCCAGGCAGCAGUAUGGGGUAUUCUGUUCCCAAUAGGCAUGGUCCUUGGCAUCACUCGUAGUCGAUGGCAUGUUCCUCUUCAGGUCACUGGCUUCGCACUUACCAUUGGAGGCUACAUCCUUGGUCAUGCACACAAAGGCCGACAAUUCCUCCACAGCGCGCACGGCACAUACGCGAACAUCCUCUUCGCUCCUAUUGCUGCUCAAUUCUUUCUCGGUGUAUAUCUUAAACUCCACAUCCACGAACGAACCCUCAGGCCGUGGGCCGUCCGUGCGCACGGAGUGCUCGGCAAGGCAUGGCCCAUCAUGGGAUGGGUGCAGAUGCUCUUCGGAGCCAUCGCUUUCAGGGGCUACUGCCGUGGAGGUCAUCUAGGGCAAUGUCUUGCCCACUAUAUCAUGGGCGGAGGAUUCAUCUCGUACGGUAUCAUCAUGGCUAUAAUGCUACUCGUAGGGGAAAUGUGGGUUAGAAGAAGUGGCCGCAGUCCUGAAUGGUGGGAUUCAUGGGUUAUCUUGCUCUGGGUACUCAACACCUUCACCGAGCAUCGCGGCCUGGUAUGGUCCGUGAAGGAUAUGCAACACACGAUUCUCGGCAUCCUCUGGUGGUGCGGUGGAAUUCUGGGUGUCUUCCUAGCUCGCAAUAACCAGAGAACGGUAGUUCCGUCCAUCAUCAUUAUUCUCACUGGAUUUGCUAUGUCCGAACAUGCACAAGCCUUGGCUAUUUCAACCAAAGUCCAUUCUAUCUUUGGCUAUACCCUGAUGCUGGCUGGACUCGCGCGACUCGUCGAAGUGUGCUUUGUAGUACCCAAGGAAGAUAACACCCCUAAGGGUGUGGCAUUUAGGCAUUUGCCGCCCUUUUUGCUCGUUUGUGCCGGAUUGUUGUUCAUGUCCGGGACCGACGAAGAAUUGGAGUUCGCUCAUGAUCAAGGAAUGGACCAUGUUACCUACGUCCUCAUCAUGUACAGCAUCGCCUUCAUCAUCUAUUUCCACACCCUCUUCCUCAUACAUCUCUACACCACAACCGGCCGUAACUCCGCCUCCGCCUCUACAUCAUCUUCACAAGCCGCAAAAGAAGAUGGCGGUGCAAUCGAACUCACAAGUCCGACUACCGCAGGCAGGGACGGACGGCAGUGGUACGGUCGUGUUCCGGGGACGGCGAGAGACGAGAGCGCGACCGCCUUGAUGAGCGGCACGCAUGUCGUUGGGGACGAUGAUGAUGAGUAG